AUCGCCGAUCUGGGAUUAUGUCGACCGGAAAAUCAAAAUCUUUUGCAAAAUAAUAAAAAGCAAGUGUAUGGAGUGUUGCCAUAUGUGGCACCUGAAGUUUUAAAGGGAGAGGAUUAUACAAAAGCGAGCGAUAUCUAUGGGUUUGGAAUUGUAUCAUAUGAAGUGAUGACCGGAUUGCCUCCUUAUAAUGAUGUGGUCCAUGAAGAAUAUUUGGCUAUAAGAAUUUGUCCAGGAUUAAGACCAAUGAACAAUUAUAAGGUUCCUCAACUAAUGUUAGAUAUAGUUCAACAAUGCUGGGAUGCAAAUCCUUCAAAACGUCCUAAAGCAAGUGAAUUAUUUGAUUUAUUUCACAACCUUUAUAAUUCUUAUGAAGAUAAUAA